AAACCAAUUUUGAAUGAAAUGAAUUCGUCCCUGAAGGGCAGGCAACCUGUGAUAGUUCUCCCUCCCAUAUGCUAGUUCAACGGCUAUAUAAGAGGUGUAACUGGGAGCGAAGAGAGUCACUUUUGAAUCAGCUGAGUGCUAGAAGAUCAGAAGACUUAGUUGGAGUGUGUUUUCGGAAAUUUCUUGUCUCGUAUUUCAUAGUAGUUAUUAAAAAUGAGACUCCUGUGUGGUGUCUCAACCUUUUUCCUUAUCUUCUGCGCAAGUGACAGUGCUCAUACUGUACCGAAUCAGAAGAAUAGAGGUUCCAGAUCAACCGUGGACAAUGUUCUGUUGUUAGAUAAAAAAUCUGACGAAAGAUUAUCCAUUGAUUUAAACGAUAAACGGAGCAAUGCGUCGAUCGCGUUUGAUGAUAAAGAGGGCGAAGCUGAGGAUGGAAGAAUAUUGGCUAAGCCGGAAGAAUUCCGGAAGACGAAAAAGCCGCGAACUUUUCUUGGACCACUAAGUUUGGAUUUCAAAGAUAAGUUGAAUCCGAAACGUGGCAUAAUCUACGACACACGCGACAGUAUUGGUGGUGGCUUCACUGGUGGCUUCAGCUGUUGUGGAUCCAGGUAUGGAAGUUCAAUGUACCCCGAGAGACCUGAAUAUGGUUACAGCGAGUCCUCUGGGGGUGGACGAUAUUCGUACAGACCAUCAGGACGCCCAAGUGACAGGUAUGGCACACCGAGUUCUGGUCAUCCGUCAGAUUCGUUUGACGGAGAUCGUCGGCCUGGCGGUGGAGGGGGAGGCGGUAGUUACGGUGGUAGCUCUGGAGGAUCAUAUCCCUCGAGAUACGGGCCACCCAGAGGAGGCUACAGCGGUGGAAGUGACGGGGACAGGUAUAACAACGAAUUUCGCCCAGGCUAUGGAGGUUCAUCGUCAUCCAGUUCGGCAGGAUCUAGUGGAUUAUACGGUCGACCGAGUUUUAGUAUAAAUGGACUUGGUACCUACGAUCAGGGACAUGGAUCUGGUUAUGGUGGAAGUGGUUCGAGUAUCGGAAGUAGUUUUGGCGGAGGUGGAUCGAGCGGUGGCCACAGUGGCUAUGGUGGUAUUGGGUCUAGUGAAGCCGGCUAUGGUGCAAGUGGACCAGGAGGUUUUGGAAGCAGUGGAUCUGGUGGAGGUGGAGGAUACAGUGGCUAUGGAGGUAGUAACAGUGGUCCCUUUGGCUUUGGUGGUUUUGGAUCAAUGGAUCACGGGUUUGGCGGAGGUGGAAGUUACGGUCACGGAGAAGGAGGAAUGAUGCCAAGUCAUUCUGCUGGCGGAAACAUUCAGACCCAGAAGGCCUUGGCUCUGAAAGCUCUUGCUGGUGUUGCGCUGAUAGGAGCUGCUGCUGCCUUAGCAACGAAUCCAGUGCUGUUGCCUCUGGGAAGAAAGAGGCGGUCAGCUGCUGACAAUUUCUGGAAUGAACAUCCUUUGAUGUUAUUGAAGGAGUAUAUUUCCCAGAUACCUAGAAACGAUAUUAAGAAAGAAGAUAUCGUUAUUCUAAGUCGUUUCCUGGCGUCCCGAAAGUGUGUUGCCAGACUGGCUUGUGAAGUACAACGAGAAUACUUCGCGGAACUCGCGCAAUACAAAAACAUAAACGAUAGAGAAAACAGCAUAUAUUACAACUUGGAACGUCGAUUUUUGGAUUUGGUACAAAGCAACAUUUUGAACAACAAUUACCUCAAUGAACAUUUGAAGAAAGAGAUCAAACUGGCCUUAGCGAUUGGUGCCCAAGAAGGAAAAUGUGAAAUCUUUCUGUGCACCGUGCCGGUGGACUGAUAAACAUUGUUCACUGAUUAAGUUUUUAAUAAAUUUAAGUGCUCACCAAAAUAACUGUAUUACAUUAAACACAUCUGCUCUUGUUUGGUUAUAAUUGCUCACUUAGGUUGUUCUUUAUUUUUUUCCUAAUCACAAAGUAGAUU